AACGUCGUCACCGGGCAGGCCUUCGCCGUCAAGAUCCUCGACCGCAAGCGCAUCCAGUCCCUCAAGAUCGACGACCAGAUCAAGAGGGAGAUUGGCACGCUGAAGCUGCUGAAGCAUCCCAACGUGGUCCGUCUACAUGAGUCCCACGAGCUGUCCGCCUGCCAUGACCGGAACGGCGCUGAUUGGCCGCGUGACGCUGGGGCCCAAAAGACACUGGUGGGGGACCGACGCUUUGAGAUGCGAGGUCCCGAUCACGAUGGCUACAGGGCACCGACGGUCGGCGUGGAACACGUGGGCCCCGGCGGGAACCGGCUCAACGUGCAGUCCAGAUCGGGACACGGCCGACGGGUCCGCCGCGUCCGCGUCCUGCCCUCGGGAGUUGCCCCCAUGUGAUUCUGGCGCAAUCAACUCAUCUCACUGUGGGCCUCGAUGCAUGUGGAGAAGGAAAGCCGUGCGGUCGAUACGGUUGGGUCCAAUGGACGCAGUCGCUAAUUGAGGUCUCCUUCUGUGGAAACAGGGCGGGCAUUAGAUGUUCUCAGUAGCAUUUAUUUGUGAUCCUUUUGUUUCACUCGGUGACUCUUCUUUUCAAUGAUCUCAGCAUCGCAGUAAGAUUGCUCCGCUGCAACUUUAUCGGUAGAUAGGAGUAGCAGGUAUCGGCCAGCAAAACCAAGAUUUAUAUGGUCCUUGAAUACGUCAACGGCGGCGAAUUGUUCGACAAAAUCUCAUUGAAGGGUAAGCUUUCAGAAAAGGAAGGAAGGAGGCUUUUCCAGCAGUUGAUAGAUGCUGUCAGCUAUUGUCACGAUAAGGGUGUUUACCACAGAGAUCUCAAGCCAGAGAAUGUGUUGGUUGAUGCAAAAGGAAACAUAAAGGUAUCCGAUUUCGGCCUCAGUGCACUGCCUCAACAUCUUGGGAAUGAUGGAUUGCUGCACACAACAUGUGGGAGCCCAAAUUACAUUGCCCCUGAGAUCCUCUCGAACCGAGGUUACGACGGUGCGAGGUCCGAUAUCUGGUCUUGUGGUGUCAUCCUCUAUGUCAUCCUCACCGGCUAUCUUCCUUUCGACGACAGAAACCUCGCUGUUCUAUAUCAGAAGAUCGUCAGGGGCGACACCAAGAUCCCCAGGUGGCUCUCCCCGGGCGCUCAGAACAUCCUGAGGAGGAUUCUUGAUCCAAAUCCUGUAACUCGGAUGAAUGUGGCUGGGAUCAAAGCAGACGACUGGUUCAAAGAGGACUACGCCCCGGUGUUCCCGAAAGAUGAUGACGACGACGGCGACGACAGUUAUGGUGACUCCUUUCCUGUUAAAGAGCAAAAUGUGUCCGGCGAGAAUGGAGCUUCACCUACACAUAUCAAUGCGUUCCAGCUGAUAGGAAUGUCUUCAUCGCUCGAUCUUUCUGGCUUCUUCGAGAAAGAGGAUGUGUCCGAAAGGAAAAUAAGGUUCACAUCAGAUCACUCACCAAAAGAGUUGUUGGAGAAGAUUGUGGACAUCGUCACAGAGAUGGGGCUUCAGGUUCAGACGGGGCAUGGCAAGCUGAAAGUAACGCAGAAGCAGGAUCGGAGGAGCACGAAGACCGCUGCGUCACUGUCUCUGGCUACAGAGGUGUUCGAGCUCACUCCGUCUGUGUGUGUUGUGGAGCUGAGGAAGUCACAGGGUGAUUCGUCGUUGUACAGGAAGGUGUGUGCGAGGCUAUCGGAGGAUUUGGGGGCGAGCAAGGGAGAACAGCUUCUGGGGACGAAGAAGAGCUUGACGCCAGAGGCGAGCAGCUACACGUGACGCGCCUUUUUGUAGCAUCAGGCGCACGAGAUAGACGUGCUCGGAAUAUGCCCAAUUGUACAUAAACGAGCGACGUCGGAAGAUGGUGGCGAUUAGUGAUUCCACACGGGCAGCUUCCCGUUUUCCUUGGCCGCGCGCGCCUCUUGCAGUGAACGAAGGAAAGAAAUAUGGGAGUUGAGAGUCACCGGACGACGACCGGAGGUAUCGGUAUUUUCAUUUUACUGAUAAGAAAACUGAGAAGCAAAGAUCAUCACCAUCAUCGACUGCUAGUUUAUGCUGGUGCGCAUGGGUGAUAAGGCUAUCUAUCCUAAGUUUUGUACGCAUAUCGAAUAAAUAGAUUACGUUUUGGCAA